AUGGCGAGACUAAUGGAUAACACCAUCGCGAGUUAUAGUACGAUUGGCGUGGCUACAACAUUAGGGUGGGAGAAUGAUGAGUGUGCGAGAACGUACAUGCAACAGCUCCAGAUUCGGGGACAUGCUAUUCUUUCCGCACAUCGUUGGAAAAUUAAGCAUUUAAAAGAAUUUUAUCCUCGUAGUGCACGAUUACUUGGACUUAAUGUAAACAAAGGAGAUGAGGUAUGUGUUCGAUUUCGUGCGCCAGGAUCGAAACAAACUUUUCUUCCUUUCCAUGAAGUAUUGUGCACCUUAAUACAUGAGAUUGCACACUGUAAAUACUCUAGACAUGACAAAUACUUUUGGCAAUUGUACGCCGAAUUGGCUGUGGAGUGUGAGCGAUUGGAGUUUAGCAUGACCUCAAGGAUAAUGACAGAACCCACAAAUCGGCAUCCGCGUUUUAUUGAACGUAAUAGACUGGGAGAAUUGCUACCCACUACAUCUUCUAUUCGCAGUAAUCCUGUAUUGAUGAGACACGUACUUGUAGAUGAAGCACAAAGGCGUCUUGAAAUGAAUCAACGAGGAGAGCGGGAUGGAUGUACGCGUGAUCACGCACCCAUUAACACUAAUACUAACAAUAGUAAUGUGUUAGAUGAGAAAAAUUGGAUUUGUCAACGGUGUGGUAAUUCAAAUACUUUUGGAAUUACCGUGUGUGAUUUUUGUUCUGAUAUAUUGGGUCUAGGUGAAAAUGAAGAAGGUUGGGAUUGUAGACGAUGUGCAUUUCAUAAUUAUUGUAAUUUGCAAUAUUGUGAAGCUUGUAAUUGUACUCGACGAGUACCCCCGCAAUCUUCAGUGUUUCGGGUUCACAAAAUUGGGGUAUUAACAGAAUUUGUAGACAAUUUCUCUGCUUGUGCUUUACUGGGACGUUUGGCGGAUGCACUCGAUCCCUUACUGCACGAACGUCAAUGGCAAGUGGAAUGUCUCUCAGAGUUUUACCCGCCAACAAUGAAUGUAAUGUCGCAAAGUGAAGUAAAAAAUACUUCAGGAAGUCUUGUAGUGAAAGUUCGUCUACGAUCACCGAAUAUAUCUUCAGAGAUGUUGCCAACAGCGUAUGUGUAUAGUGCUGUGAUGCAUCAGUUAGCUCAUAUGAUGGAACGUAAUCAUGGUGUAUUAUUCUUUAGAGCCUGGCUUUCAUUGCUGCAGCACGGUCUUUUAAGUGAGGAAGCACAAGUUGUAUUAUCAAUGGGAAGUGACGUUAGGUCAAGUUUAAGUUGUUUUACUCAACAGUUGCGUAUUUUUUCUGAAAAUAACGGAGGUGAUGCGGGUAGUCUCUCACAAACGCGUCCUUUUGUGUACAAUCUUCUUUGUGCAGAUUGUGGGACCGCCGUAAAACGUGAGAGAUCUCUCACAACUGCUGAAGUGAUAGUGGGAACGCCGUUGAACUCUAAGAAAUCACUUAGACGAUGGAUGUGUACACGGUGUAGUUUUCUUAAUCAAAUUGGUGGGUUUCUCUUUUGUGAGAUGUGUGGUGCGUCCCGUUCACUGUGCACACCAACCAAUGGUGACAAGUUAAGUGGAUCUCAGGAAGAGCCUGUCAUAAUUGUGGACGAUGAAGUGGAGGAGUUACGGUCAGUUAACAGCGAUGACGUGGUGGUAGUGCUUUAA